AUGAGCAAGUGGCUGAAAGAAAGUAGAGGACAGCCAAUAACUGUUGCCAUCAAAGAAUACAACGAGGAUAUAGCAAAGGGUUCAAAACAAGGGGACGAACAGUUCCAAAAGGAAUUAAGUGCAGUGGAAAUUUCCAAGCAUUGCUUUGCAGUGACUGUACUAGGGUUUUGUAGUGACCAAAAAUACAAAGCACUUGUGUAUCCAUACAUGAAGAAAGGGGAUCUAAAAAAGUUACUUGAUAAUCACUCUCCUGACUUGACAUGGAAGGUCCGACUCCGCAUAUUACAUCAGAUCGCUCGUGUGAUGUGUCACUUUCAUAAUUCAUUUGCGUUAAGAAAAGGUGCAUCUUUUGUGCAUGGUGAUGUGAAAGCAGACAAUAUUUUUGUUGAUGAGCAUUUGAAUGCUUUUUUGGGAGAUUUUGGUGUAAUGGAAGAGCUGCCAGAUGGUAGAACAUCAAUAACACGGAAUCUGCAAGCACAUGCUAUGGGUUACAAAGAUCCUGAUGCUGUUAAACAAUUUUCUAAGUCUUCAGAUGUGUUCAUGUUUGGUGUAGUGAUGUUCCGCUGUAUUACCAGCUUACCAGCACAGCAAGGAACGGAACCACCUGAGUGUGAGUCACUGGCAUCUUCGAGACAGAGAGAUAUUGAGGAAAACUGUGGAGAUCUAUAUAAAAAAGUUGACAAAGUAAUAUUAAGAUUUUAA